AUGUUUAGAAUUGGACGUGGUACAUCAUGUGAUGCAUGCAACACAUCGAACGAACAGCAUUUAAAGAGACACCGGGAAAUUGCCGCCAUGAUCAGAGAGUUGGACCAGAGAACAGUUUCUGAUGAAGAGAUUUACGAGGCAAUACAUGGGUAUUCCGAGGAUCUGGUUGAUGAAGACACAAACUUUAUGAAAAGACGCACAGUCCGCGACUUGAAGCUGGAACAGGGCAUUCGCCUCAACCAGGGAAAAUCAACUUCUCAAAAAAAAGGUAUAGGCGGAAUUCUGAACAAUCUAGGAAUUGAAAAAUCCGUCGUGACUAGCCCUAAGAAAGGUGCCACUCUGAUUUCCCGGCUCGAAAACGCCAUUGUCCAGGAUAUAACGAUUUCUGCAAACGAAUCCAGAGGGAUUUUGAAGCGCCAACUUGGCUACUACCGCUAUGCUGACUGGAAGGCCUUCCAGGAUAUGUUCCAGUCUUUAAGCUUAGAAAGCAAAGCAUCUUCAAAUGACUCUGAGCAGUUUGGAAACGCCGGCCUCUUUCAUAGCAUCAGCGUUGGUAUUGACAAGCCACCCAAAGAUCAAACUGAAUGGAAGUCUGGAAAGAAAAAAUGA